GUGGUUUCAUUUCCUGCAGGGACUCUGACCAUGGAUUGGAUCCUGCUUCUUCUGCUGUCAGCAGCAUGUCUGCACACUGGAAACUCAGCAAGGUACAGCGGAGAAAGUGACUAUGGGGUCGACCAACCUGCAAAUGUCUCUGGAGUCCAGGGCGGCUCCGUGGAGAUCCCCUUCUCCUUCUACUUCGCCAAGAAGUUGGCCACUAAUUUGCGGAUGAUCAUAGCCUGGAGAUGGAAUGGCUUCCAUGGAGACUUCAUCUACAUCUCCUCCCUGCCUUUCAUACAUGAGCAGCACUUCAAGGACCGGCUCAUCCUGAACUGGACAGAGGGUCAGACAUCUGGAGUCCUUAGAAUCUUAAAGUUGAAGGAGACUGACCAGGCCACAUACUUCUGCCGAGUUUAUCUACAAGCAGCAGAAGGCAUGAAGGAGUGGCAGUCAGUUUCUGGGACCCAACUCACCGUGACCCGUG